UAGGUGUGCAAACUAGAAUAUCCUGGUCCACUUCAAACUGCUGAUCACUUGCUCUUUCCCCUUGAAUUAUUGCCACUUGCACACACCCCCAGCUUCUUUUUAUAGCAAAGAAGAAGCUACCACAAUAGCACAAACCUUGAGAGCAAUCCACUCUUUCUUCUACUCCUAAUACACACACACAAAGAGAGACAGGAAUGGAGAGAUCACCUGAAGUGGUGCAACACAAGGCAGCAAACCGAGCUGCCGAGGAUGAUCACACCACCUCGAUUCCAUGGCUAAAGCUGGGUGUCGUCGAUGCACUGACAGCAGAAGCAGGUAAGCUUCCCGAGUCGAAUCCGAAGCCGGCCGUGGCGGCGCCGCAUAGAACCUUCUCCUGCAACUACUGCAUGAGGAAGUUCUUCAGCUCGCAGGCGCUGGGUGGGCACCAGAACGCCCACAAGAGGGAGAGGUGCGCGCCGAGGAAGUCGCACGGCUUCCAGCAGCAGCAUCUCAUGGUUGGGCUCUCCCCGACUGCACCGUCGUCGUUUCUUCACCACAUGAGGGUUAACCCUCACGCCACGAUCCUGAAGGUGAACCGUGGCUAUUCUUCUGCUGAUGGUGUUGUCGUGGCGAAAUUCCAUGGAGGCCAGAUGAGUAGCAGCUGGGUGCCUUUUGCGGUUGAACAUGGUAGAGGGUCAGUCUGGCCUGGGAGCUUCAAAGCAAGCUCUCAGGAGCAGAAGAAGCGCACGGAGGAAGAUCUUGACUUGAGCCUGCGGUUAUAAGUUUGUAGUGUACAGAUAGUUCAUUAUAUAUAUUUAAGUAUGCAUUUUGGCAAAUAUGAUCUUCAGUUUUUUUGUCAUAUGUUUUCUAUGGUGAGGUAAUUUCAGAAGCGAACAAACUCAUGCAUGUUGAAGAGGAAAAUGUUUGAACUAUAGUUAGUCUUUAAUAUAAUGAUUGAGAACCAUAACAACAAUGUUAAUAUAUAGUUGGAACGACAAACGAAUGCCAACUUGGAUAUCAAUCUA